GGCACAGAGGAACUUCACCACACAGAGCCACGCUUCUCCUACUCCGUGUCUGCCAUAUAAAGCAGCAGAUGCCCUGUGUCACGCCGAUGCGAUUCAGUAGUAGUACUGUGUAUGUUGUUAAGACGACAAUUUGCGCACAGCUCCUCACCGGAUGAAGUGAGUCCCAAGGAAAGUGUUGAAAGCUGCAUAGAGCUGGAAUUUCAAGUAGAAUGAUAUGCACUUUAAAGAUAUAACAGUAUCGCUUCUAAUUUAUACUGUAACUGCGGGAUUGGCCCCAAAUCAAGAGUGAUUUCACGUUUACGUGCUAUACCAGCGGAAGUGGCGCAUUUCUAAUUCAAUGAAGGCAUGAUGAAAUGUUUACAACCUGACCUUAUGUUGCAGAGACUCGUGUUCCUUCUGGUUACAGUCAGAGCUGCAGAAGGUGAGUGAGAAAUUCUAAAAUUGAUAGUCGACCAGUUGGCGGAUGCAUGUGCUCGGUCAAACAUACUAAUAAUCAGGGAAUGUCAGUAUAUCUCAGUCAUCUUAAUCAAGACCCAUAUACUCGAUAAAUGGGCUACAGGACAUCAUUGCAUUUAGUAUAUAGACAGGACUGACCUUUGCCAUCGAGACACAAGCACAUCCACAGGACCUCCUUGUUAGGAAGUUAGACUAAAACUACAGGGCCAAUUGUUCGCAUUACACAGCAAGGUCUCGUUACUAAAGAUAUUAAAGGAAAAAUUGUAAGUGUCGAGUGAGGGAUUUGUUAUAUAGGGGGUCAUAUAGGUUUCUGUACGGAGAGGUGCAAAUGUUAUGCUUUUUGCGCGGGGUAGUAAAACAUGGAGUUCAAAAAGCGUUGAUCACAAAUAUUCCGCUACGUAAUCCGAGAUUGUUAGUUUUUUUUAUACAGUAUAAAUUUACCCGCAACAGCUUUGAGUACUCAACGGCUUUGCGGUUUUUAUAAGUAAGUUUAGUAAUGCGGAAAACAAAAUACCAAAUGUCAUUUUUCAGUCUUUUCAAGCAAUCGGGAACUGAACACCACUGAAAUAUAUGCAAGUUUUGUAUUUACAAUGAUCACUCUUUACCUCAAAUACCUCAUCCGGAAACUCCCAAAAAUUGAAACCCCACACUAAGUGGAGACAGGUGUCCUAAUUCAAGCACAUUCACUGUUUAUUCAUUGACUACUCAGCUAAUGUCGAUCAGUUAUGAGCUGAAUCCUUUAAUAGAGUCUGGUCAAAUGUCAUUUUUUGCAUUUUCCCACGAUCUUUGCCCACUGUUUUAUUCUCUGGUUCUUUAUUUUAUCCGCCUAAACCAACUGAAGCGCAGAAUCUUAAUUUCCCGAAUCGUGUGAAACUGGCCAUAAGAUUGAUAUUUAGUCAAACGAAAACAAAUCAAGCCUACUUGUCUGUUUUCAAAACAGGCUAAAAGAAACAAAAUACACCCUGUGUUCAUAACAGUUUAAGGAACGGAAGUUUUUCAUUUAUCUGUUUAUUUAUCUAUCAUAAAUGCAAGGGUUUCCUAUCGCGCUAACUCAGAAAAAAUAAAUAUAUCUCAUAAUAUUUUCUGGUCAUCAACGGUAACAAUGAUAGUUCUGGGAAGGAAUAUAACUCAUUGCGGAUUUUCUGACAUAGGUUGUGUUACUCAGAUGUUAAACAAAUUGUAAAAGUUUUCAAAUUUCAGUUUUGGUGUGUCAUUUAUUACACGUUUUGUUCAGUACCACCUGAUAAUUAGCUAUGAUAAUUAUGUUUUUUGUAAUAAGUACCUAUAGCCUGUAUUGUUUUUGCAAACGGCGAUUUUAUCCUGUCCAGUUCUUUUUUAUGGAUUAACAGAAAUGAAGCUAGAAAACUAGCCUGCGUAGCACUACUUCCAAGCCCCUGCUACGGCCACUAGAAAACAAAUCAUGAUAAUCUUUUUAUAGUAUAUUGCAUUAUCCAAAUCCGCAAAGGCUUAAGUGACGGAAACGUAGGAUCUAUGUGUACAGAAUGCCAAGAAUGACAUAUUUCUUUACGUAAUGAGUUUGUAUGAAGAGCUUUGAGGGUGCGUUCUUUGAAGUAACGGACUAGGAUUUUGCAGUCUCUGGGAUCAUGGUGGCCCAGGCGCACCAAAGGUACUGCCGCUACCCUGUGAAUACUUGUUCAGAUGGGAUAAAGCGGUCCCUUUGAUGUACCAUGAUCAGAGUGAUCCUGGAUCUUAAUUUCUGAUCAGGAACAUGCAAGAAAUGCACUGUCUCAAUCCUGAAAUCAGCAUUAAAAAGAGAACGAAACAGCUUCCCAUGUAGUCUUAAAAAUGAAACGGCCGUAGUUUUUUUGUGUGUGUGUGUUUGUGUGUCGAGAACGAAAUUAAACUGGAAAACGAAGCAAAAAUAAGCAGGCGAGGCAAAAGCAGGAGGAAUAGCGACUGCAUCAGCUCUCUGAGGGCUAUCAGAUGGCUUGCUGGAUGUUAAGACUCAGAUAGCGAUACCGCUAUUGAUCUGACAAGAAUUGAUGAUAUAUAAGGCUAAAAUCAGAGAUAUUAAUUGACUUGGUUGGGUGCCUCAUUCGUUAAGGACUCCAGCUGGAAAUUGAUAAACUUGUAUAUCAUUUGAGAAUGUUAAAUGUUCAGAUUAUACACUUUUUUUUCUAACGUAUUUGAUUUGGCACGAUUCCCGUUGUUGAAGGGACUGCUUGACAGCUUUGAUCUGUGAUGACAAUAGUUUACAUAUCGCCCACCUUGUCUACGAUGAUACGUGUUCGCUUUUGAACUGUCUUGAGGGUUGAUAACUGGACAUAUCAGACCUAUUGUAAGUAAAGAUUUGGUGCGUGAGGUCAUUGUAGGAGCGGCGUGAACUGAUAAGAGUUAGAGAUCACUGUGUUUUUCAUUAAAUUGAACAUAAAUAAAAAAAUUUGCUUGUUUAUUUUGUGGACACAUUAUUAGCGUUUUGAGCCAGAAAGGUGUCCUUUCUGUAAUUAUUAUUGAAAACUAUAAAACCGCUAAUUUAUUUCCUCCACGGGAGACAGUUUUAGAACAAUACAGCUCAUUACCGCUUAGUGCAUAAUGCAAUCGAAAGAUACUCGACAACUUUUUUUUACAUCUGCCAUUAUCGGAAGGAAGUCGUAAGCUUCCUGAGCUUCUGUAACCAAACCGACUUGUUAAAAUAGUUUUUGCUCACGCUGGUUAACAUAAACCCCCGGGUGGUUCUUCUAGGAAUUCGUGGUGGGGGUGUACUGCCUAGUAGUCCAAAUUCUUACCCUAUUUCAGACAAAACUGAAAAAUACGAUUUUCCAUAACCAUUUGCGUACCUGUUAUUACUCUUUCUUUCCUAUUCAUUUGGAGUUGAAACGACAAAUACGAUUAUAAAAAUACACUCUCGUAGUUCUCUCGAAAAUCAUCCCCUAUUUCAGAAUCAAAAGCACAUACUGAUAUGUGGCUCAACUCACGGAUUACCGCCCGAGACAUAAAAGAAUCCAAGAAGAAAGAGUUUAAACACUUUGGUCUUUGUCGAUGAAACGGAUUAAUCAGCAUUAGUUUGUUUUGACUUGCAAUUUUUGAUAAUGCCUUUUCAAUAGCAAAGAUAAUCUUCAUGCUUCAAGAGUGCAAGAAUACCAAGAAUGUUGAUUUUUUUAUAAAAGUUAGCGCUUUCCUUAGUAAAAUAAAUAGUAGCUGAUGUAUUUGUUUUGCACUUAAUCCGAGAUUCACAGAACGCCAUUUUGGAUCUCCUUAUACCAACUCCCAUGAGAGUAAUUUGCGUUUACAGUACAAACUGUUAAGCAUCUUGCCAAUAUGGCUAAAAUUAGGUUUUUAUACAUGAUUAGAAGUAUUCAUUUAUUUGACUAUCAAACAAUGGCGUUUAGCCUUUUGAAUUUUAAUCAAGUUUGGUGAUUGGACAAACUUUGGCGGUCAUGCUAAUUUCAACCAUUCAUAAAAGACUACUCACUCAUAACGCGCCCACGUGACCAGGCUGUCAACGAAGGAAUGUAAUUGACGUGGAAGAGAUUACGCGCGAGACCGCAUAGAGGUUCAAAGCAUGCAGCAUUAAAAUAUCCUUGAUCUGUCGCGUGGAUUAGCAAGAAGGGAAGAUGAUCAGCUGUUCCACGUGCAGUAUUAGAGAGGUCGAUAUGUAGUCAUUUGCAAAAUCCGGUUGUCAAUUUGGGUUCUCCAAAGACUCUGUGAUUUCUACUGCUAUGCUCCUCUGCAAAGUACUGUUGUUGUUGGGACUUGCUCAGUUUCUAGGUAAAUUUCUCCCGGUUAUAUGUUGUCUCUUUGCGUUAUCUUUUUGAACUUCCUUUAAACCCCCUGUAUAUAUUUUUGUCUUGCUGUUGAAUGUUUGAGUCUUUCAGGGUUUGAUCCUGGUUAUUUUUUAUCGUUAGGUGUUGCAGUUAGUGCAUUUAGGCUGACCAAAAGCAAAGACGUAGUGAAAGUGAAUGUACGACAAAAUGCUUCUCUACAAUGGACCUACGAAGUCGAUGCGGGAGAAAGUUAUUCUAUUGUAUGGGGUACCAGCCAAGAUGGGGUAAAUGUCCAGCAUAAAUUGUACACGAGAAUAAAAGGACAAACAGCACAACGUUCGGCGCAAAUGCCGACAAAGUUUGUUGACAGGGUGAAAAUCAUAAAGCAAGCCACUUUAUUCAUACAGCGCGUUGAUUUGUCAGAUGAAGGUUAUUACAUGUGUCAGAUCAGCGGAGAGUUCCUUACAAACAGGGAACCGAUUAGACUUGAAGUAAUAGGUGAGUGUAAAAUUUUAAUUUUCGUUUCCUUAGAAUUGCGUGCAAAGCCGAGCGCAAUCCGUUUUAGUUAUAAAGCAAUUUAUGUAUGUAAUGAUCAAGGUCGCGGGCCUAACUGCACCCUAUUUGCGUAUGAUAUAGAGCGUUUAAUUGCGCUCUUCAGAGCACUUUUGCAGCUUUUAGUAAAUAUUAUUUAUCAUAAAUAAGGUAAUGAAUGCUUUUAUCGUGCUUUCUGAAUAUUUUGUUCAAACAAAGCAACCGAGUAGCCUUCCAGAUUUUUUUGGAUGCGGUUAAUUCGCUUUGGACGUGAAAGCUAACUUGAUCGAGAUCAACGAAGAUCAGAUGGAGAUAAAACUGAUCUCGCAGAAAAUCUGUUACCUGAGGGAAAGCUUAGGCAUAAACAAUGCGAUCAAGGAACUCUCUUAAAACCACAAUUUCAUUGCCACGAUGUUCUUUGGCAUACGUAGUUGUUCGAAAAAUCUGAGACAAUGUUCGUUUCAGCGAACAGUGUCUUCCUUACUAACUCUAGUCUUAAUGUUCGGACGAUUUUGGCAUUUAAUUUUGUGUCAACAUGCAACAGAAAAUAACUUGUUUCCUGAUCUUGAUUAUCUGGGCCCGAUUUCUUUAGCUUGGCGUUAGAUUACCAGCAUAAUUGUUACCCAACAGAUUAACAAUUUGAAAUCGAAAAAUCGCGGUAAAAAAAGUCUGUCAAGCGGAUAUUUCCAAUCAAGUAUCACCUUAAGACAGGACAUUACAAAUAGCAAAUUUUGGGAAACAAGAGUUCUCCAAGCUUCUGUUGUUUACAUUCAUAUCAGAUCAAAUUGUUUAGGUUUAUAGUUGCAUUACCCUAGCGAUGUAAAUAUAGUUAUCCGUCGUACGUAAGAUCUAGCGGACAAUUUCUCUCUCUAAUAUUAGUAAUGUUUUUUUGUAAUCUAUCUUUAUUAUCCCGGUGUACUAUUCAAAUAUUCUAAGAUAAGAUUAUUCUGUCGCGGUAACGUGGAAAACGAGGGCCAAUAUUUUUUACGUGCUCUUUUAUUCCGAGCAGAAAAGAUGCGCUCACAACACUUGAAUAGUUUGCUAUUGUUCCGUUUAAAUUUGUGUCACCCACGUACAUUUGAGGCGUAACUUUUCUGUGGGUUGGAAAAUCAUUAGAUGAGAAGUGUUUCAAAUGAAAAUGUCAAAACCCACUUAGGAAGAUAUUCAUUUUGGUAGUAGCUUGUAAUGAUGGGAGACGGUGCAAAAUUAAUUUGUAAUGAAACGAUAAGAAGUCAAAUGGCGAGCACUUCUUGUUCGCAGACAUUUGGGACUUUAAAAUAUGAUAAACUAGAGGAUUAAUGUUUGUUCGUGACUUUUUUUAAUACAGAUCGCGAAGGACGCAAGAAACAGCCCUGUAGGUUUUCACCUCACACAGCGCAAAACAAAGCCCUUGCGACCAAAUCUCAUGUGUAGGGCAUUUUAGGAAUGGCUUUACACUGAUUCACUUCUUUGCUUUUUAAAGGAAACCGAAAUUGGACAUUUAAAAAACCCAAGGAUGGGGCUCUUACCAUUGGUCUGAGGGUUUUGUUUUGUCUUUACCGGAAAUUUGAACUAUUUUAAUAACUGGUUGUCUUUUCUUUUGAAGAACUUUCAGUGGUUAAUUUUUCAUGAGACAGCUGGCAGAAGUGAUAAUACCACCCCUAGUGGGUAUUUUGUUGACAACCCUAAAAUUAUUUGUCAGUCUGAAUAAUAUAUUUUUAGAGAAGGUACUAGUUCUGUUAAAGUGACGUCUAAAAUUGUUUCCUAUUGGAGCUGAUUUAAACAACAACUGGAUAGUUUGGGUUUUUUAUUAACUUUCCUUCUCUUGAGACCUCGGUGUACAUUUAUAAAACUUUUAAAUUUGCUUUUAGUUAUUGAGUGUAAUUUUAAUGUUUUUUAAAAAAACAUUUUUACUGAAUUUCAACAUUGGUUAUGGGAAAUGAAAUUUAUUUGACAUAUUUUAAAGUUAAAACCUGACUGACAUUACAUUGACAUUUUGUGACUACGUAUAUCAGACAAAUCUACUUUAUUGAAACAACAUGUUAAAUUUGAAAUAUUCUGAGUACAUAUUUGGGAUCUCACUGACUUUGUGUUUGUAAAUCUCAGAAUAUUCAGUUUCACAUGUUAAUUGCAUCUACAUAUUUAAUUUAAAAAAGGGAGAUAGAAAUGGAUCAUUUGUGGCAAAUAAAUGUGGCUAAACUCUUAAUAAUAAUAUAUUCUGGUUUGCCUAAAGAUAUGUUCUUUCCAUUUGACAGAAUAUUUGCCAGUUUUAAUGCAAAACAAAACCUUGUGUAAAAUAUUUUUUACUUGGUGAUUAUUUGGAAAGUUUUUGUGACAUUCACAUAGAGUCAAUAACUAAUCAUCAGUUUGAUAGCCUGGCUUGUGAAAACUAAGAAAUAGGUUUCCUGCUUCUAAUGUGUGUUACACACCUUUAUAAUUAAAAAAGAAGAGUUAAGCUGACGGUAAAAAGUAUAGGGACAAAUCAUGCCUUGACAAGUUGUACUUAAAAUUUCUGAAUUAAUUGUUAGGAAAAUUUAGCACCCAAAGUUGUAGAACAGUUUCACUGAUUGACAUUAACUAAUGUUACAAGGUGACCUUAAAUGCCUAGCUCUUAUGUAAAUUAUGAAGUAUGUGCUCAAAAUGUGUUUAAUUAUGAAUAGGCAUCCCUCACGUACAUACAGUGACAUCAUAGCUAUUUCAUGAAUGGUGAAAAUGACACCCACUGUGAAAAUUAGUGCAAGGAAAUAUAUCAAGUUCUAGCCUCCAGCCAAGCGUAUUUUCCCAUUGUUUACUUCAUUCUCCUUUUCAUAAAACUGAACUAUGUAAAUAUAUAAUCCCUUAUUAUUGCAGGUUGCAAUAUGGUGAGAAAUAGAUCAAAUGCUAUUUAAUUUUUAUCUUUGACAGCCUUUCUUGUAAAGUUGAAAAGCAUCUUAUGACAAUGAUCAGAACAGGUCAUUAAGAGCUGGCAAUGGUGUUAAUAAUAGUUAGGUGCAGUGUUGAUUCAAUCGUCAAGUGAUUAAAUGACUUUUUGCGUGCAAAAGACUAUCAUUUUAUCUUCUUUACAGCUGCCCUUAAAUGUAUUCAAGCUCCCAAUGUAUUGAUCAUCUUUAAGUUGUGAGAUGAUUUUUUGUCAAGUUUGGAUGAAUGUAUCUUACUGCUAGCCUAUGCAGUUGUUUUUUCUAUGAGACAAACUUCCACACUGUACUUGCAGAAAAUGGUUAAUUCACAAAAAUAGAAAGACUGAUACCCUAACCAAAAGUUGGGCUACAAUAUGAUAAAUUUUGUAGCCUUGUAAUUUUGCCUGAGUCUAUAUAUAUAUUGUAAUUAUAUGAUCAGCCUUUUUGGGAUACAGUCAAGUUACCUGGAGUGAAAACAACUGAUAGACCUGUACUUUUCAGUAUGGUAUAUGACAAGGGGGAUUCCAUGAAAGAGAUGGCACUCCCUGAAAUCUUUGAUUUUAGGUCUUAAAGCACCGGAAGAGAGAAUUCACCAACAAAAAGUGGACUCAUAAAAAGAAAUAUUUUUUAUUGCCUUUAACUUACUGAUAAUAAUUUAUGAAGGUUUAGAUGACAAAAAACAAAAAAAUUUAAGCUGUAAGCCUUUAACAUGGUUUUGGCAUCAUCUACUGAAACUGCAAUAUUUUUACCUAACAAUAUUAUUAAUUUCCUGUGUUUUAUUGCCGCAUACUUCCAACUGAGUUUGACAAGAAAUUCUAGAAAGUAACAAUUUUGUCAAAUUACAGGAAUAGUAAAAUAUGUGUAAGAGGGAUCAGCAGCUGAAUGCAUAAUUGUUUUUUUCUAAGUUUUAGGUUAUUUUUGUUGUUAUCUUAAAAUUUGGGGAUUUUCUUCUCAUUGUGAUAAUUCUUUAUGAAGCCUUAUAUUUUCUCCUCGAUAGUAACAACAUUUUACUGGUGUAUCUGCCUUAACUCUUAGAAUUUGUGAAGAACAUCAGAACUAUUUUAGCACAGAUAAGUUUCAAUCUUCAUUUUUCAAUUUAUUGUGGUUAGUCCAUGCUGUGAGCAUGUUGAUUGAAUAUCUCAUUUCCUUAAGUUAUAAACAUAACAUACCGGUAAUUUAAUUUUGUAGUGAGUCUCAUAAAUUAUUACACACAGGUAGCUACAAGACAAUCAUGGAGGAACCAUUCUAUACCCCUACAUUUCCUGUGGUUACUUGAUGAGGAGAAUAUAUUUAACAGUAUAUUAAUUUUAUUAGUAAAACCCUUUUCACUUGCUUAUCAUUUUUAUUUAUUCCAAAGACCAUUGUUUGAUUGUAAGAGAACUGGAUGCCGGUUACUCUUGAAGUUCAGGAUUUGCAGUCUUUCUAAAACAAUGUAGUUUGAUAUCCAAGUAAUUGUCAUGUCAGGUGGAGCCCCUCAACAAGUACUUACAGGCAUUCUAGAGACUUUUUCCAAAAAUGGUAACAUAGUGUACAUAUUUCUGGUAGUAAUCUUUUCACUGUAAAUUAAUUAAUGAACAACUUUCCCUUUUAAAUCUGGUGUGGUGUGGCUGAAUCAUCUUAAAUCAAAAGAUUACCAUUGUUCAAAAAUUAUUGUUCAUUUUAAGUAAGUAAGUAAGCAAGUUUAUUAAAUCUCCAGCCAGUGGCUCUUACGAUUUAAUUUACAAUAAUUAGAAAUCGAAUAAAAACUACUUAUAAAAAUUACAAUAAUAUUAUGAUAAAAAACUAAAUUCAAAUAAAUAAAUUAACCUAUUCUAAAAAUUCUAAUCCUAAAAAUUGCUACGAACUAUUAUAUAUUUCGCGCUUUACUGCGCGCUUGAAAACUGAGAGUGUUUCGCUAUUUUUCGUUACUUCACUUAUAAGAGAAUUCCAAGCAGUGAUUGCUCUGUAACUAAAGGACUUCUGUGCUGUGGUUGUCCUACAAAGGGGUACGACUAAAUUGUCCCUAGAUCUAGUAUUGUAGCUGUGGAUAGCUGAUCUUUUGUUGACAUAACACUCUAAAUAUGGUGGUGCAAGGCCAUUAACUUUUUUGUAUAGCAUCGUAACAUCACGCACUAGUAACUGAUUCUUAACAGAAGGCCAACAGAGUGCAUGCAGCACUGGUGAGAUAUGAUCAAACUUCUUGGUGUUAGUCAACACACGGGUGGUGAAGUUUUGUACAAGUUGCAGUUUGUUUAUGUUGUGCACAAACGUUCCAGACCAGACUGUCGAGCAAUAAAAAAGUUUACAAAAAACUAGACAGUUCAGAAUGGUGGUAAGUACUGAUUUAGAAAACAGGUGCCUCACUCUGCUUAGGAUAGAAAUAAGAGAUCAGGGCAGAGUGUUAACGUGUUCAUUAAAAGUAAGGUUCAAGUCCAAGAUUAUACCCAGGUCUUUGACUGACGACACAGGAAUUAAAUGUUGCCCAAGAAAGGGGACUCUAAUGUCAGGUACCUUACUUAAAAGCUGUUUCGUUCCAAAGAGGAUAAGUUUUGUUUUGUCUGGAUUAAUAAGCAACUUAUUCGUACAGCACCAAGAGGCAAUAAGUCGGAUGUUCAGUCAAUGUUUUCCGAUGAACACGAAAGAUAAACUUUUGUGUCGUCAACAUAUGACUCUACACUUGAAAACUUAACAACGAACGGUAGAUCGUUCAUGUAAAGACUGAACAUAAGAGGCCCUAGGAUAGACCCCUGUGGUAUGCAACUUUAGAAUAUUUAUUAUUAUUUUUGGAUUACAACAGAGGAACACCUGGCAAUCAGUCUACCUUAACGUAAGCAUGCAAUUUUAUAACAUUUUCUUUUCUUGCAGAUCCUCCAAGAAUUCUUCCAUUGCUGCCACAAACAGAGGAGUGGACUGAAGGUGAAAAACGAGAGCUUGCUUGUCACACAGCUGGAAGACCAAAGCCUAAAGUAACAUGGAAAAAAGGCGAUCAAAUUCUUAAACAGGAGAGAAAAGUAGCGGUGACGAAACUAGAUUUUCCAUCUGUUACCUGGAGAGAUGCUGGGUCGUAUGUUUGUCUUGCGGAGAAUGCUGGUGGCAGAUCACAAAAGCAAGUUGAAAUCACUGUACUUUGUAAGUUCACUUUUUGGAAUUUUACAGCACUUCUUCCACCCUCAAUAAACUUUGCCCUUGUCACACCCCAUCACUGCUAAAUUGAUGCUCCCCUUAUCAUACAACUUUCACUCAUAUUGGACUCUCCCUGCAGCUGCAGCCUUUGCAAUUUGGACCUUGUCAGACUGCGUUUACCCUCAUUGACCUCCCUCUGUCCCAUAUGCACAGUGUUACUAUAUAUCUCCAGCCGCAAUGGAGUCAUCACUGUCACUCUUCUUUCACCUACAUAUGACUUCCCACAAGCUGUACCCUGUGCUUUCUGCACUUAGCUUAUAAUUAGUUGUAUUUGAGUAUGAUGAGGUACAUAAACUAGGAUUUCAAGUAUCAUUCUGUUGAAGCAUUGUGUCAUCAUUGUAUUGCUUGCAGAUGCACCUAAAGACACAAGCAUCAAAACUGAUGCACCACAGGACACUGUUAGUGAUGGCUCUUACAUUACCAUCACUUGUAAAGCCCAUGGAAAUCCUCCCCCACAAUAUAAGUUUUACAUUGAAGGUCAAAGUAUAAAUGAUAGAGGAGCACAAAGGUCUGGGGAGUUAAGAUUGACAACAGUGGGCUUUUCGCAAAGUGGAAUUUACAGCUGUGAGCCUGAAAAUGAUAUGGGAACAGGUCCCAGGAAGGACAUCACAGUUUAUGUCCGACGUGAGUAAAACUUUCUUUUCAAGGGUGAAUGGUGUCUCUCUGUGUGUUGGCAGGAUUUUCAUCUGGCUUACUACACUAAGUCAUAAGAUGACUCUGAUUUAGUUGUGGAAGAAAAAUUGUAUCUUAACCCUUUAAGCCCCAAUAUCCACAAACAAAUGCUCCAAACUGAUCUCCAUACAUUUCCUUCAUGAAUGAGUUGAGAGAAUUUGAUAAAAGAUCAAGGCAUUUUCCCUUAGGUGGUCAUUUCAUUAAUUCUCAUAACCUAAUCUCUUGACAUUGUAUGGAUAUCGUUAGGAGAAAAUUGACGUUAGUCACUAGGAUUAUUAUUGGAAAUAUUUGAUCCAAUUUAAAAUCUCAUAUAUCAUGUCUGUGGUUUGGAUCGAAUCUUAAAGUCUCGUUUUCACUUGUAUCUUAAUUAUCCCUUUAACUGUUUGCUGAUAAGUCUCAAAUUUUCAAACAUGGGUCUAAUAAUGGAGUAGCAGCUAAUUUUCAGGCUUUUUGCUCAUUCACAAUGGUCAAAAAUAGCACAAAAUAAUCUAACUGCUAUUUUGAUUCUAAUCUUUCAUGUUAAUAUAACUCCUUACUACUUUUAUGGUAACAGAUUCACCACAAAUUGUUCUUCGUCCUGAAAAUCAAAAAGUUGAUGAGAAUGGACAAGUUAGUGCACGAUGUGAAGCCGAAGGCUUUCCACCACCUAUAAUAAAAUGGGUGAAACUCCUUGGUAACAAACUGGUUCGUAAUGGAACGUCAUCAUUGUUCAUUCAAAAUGUGCAGCGAUCAGACCACGGAUGGUACAGAUGCAUAGCUACUAAUGGUUUUGGUGAUAAUGCCAUUGCAGAGUUUGAAAUCAAUGUUUACUGUAAGUUAAACUGAUAAAUUUUGUUUAACAGUAUGAUAAAUUAGUUAUGGGCAGACACCUGAGCCAUGAACACUUUUCUUAAAACUUUUUUUGUGAAGGCAGUUUUUUUUCUUCAUAAUAAUAAAAGUUCUUUGUAGUGAACAAAAGGGAAAUUGAUCCGUUAGAAUGGAGUCUGCUAUGUGGCUUGCAGUACAAUGCUUAUAUUAUUAUUAUUAUUAUUAUUACGACAUAUUUUGGGCUAUACCCCUUACCAACAAAGUGUCUUGAAGUAGCGACAUGUAACCAAGAAACUAUGAAGAUUGGGUUUCAUCCAAUUGCAGUUAAUAAUAAGUAGUUGGAGUUUAGUUUAUAUUUUGACCUGGGCAUAUCUCAUAUUUUCAUGAGUGCCCUCUAGCUCAUUUAUGAACAUUUCGUAGCAGAUUUUAGCUUAGCAACCCCCAUAUUUCUUAACCCUCCCUUCCCCUGUAUCCAGCUAAGUGUGUGGUUGUCUGACAUUAUUCCAUUGCUUUUGACUGACUGUUGAUCAACACAAACGAUUAUACUGAUGCAUUACUUUAUAUAAGAUGCCCCAAGGAUUAACAGAACUGCAUCAAGCCAAAAUGUCCCUGCAUGGUCAGGAAGUACAGCAAACCUAUCAUGUGUGGCUGAUGGUAACCCCGCCCCUCGAUACACUUGGACUAACAGCUCUGGCACUGUUGCUACUUCAGAAGUGAGUGGAUUACUUCGGGUAACUCCUCAGGGAGCAGAUGGAUUUGGCCCUUACACAUGUACAGUGGAGAAUGACAAGGGAACUGACAGUCUGGCCAUAAGCCUAGUGAAAGUUGGUAAGAUUUAAAAAUGAGGUUCUAAUUGUUUUAACGAGAGUGUUACUUCUAACCUAUGAUCUUAUGGCAUGGCAGCUAUGAAUUUAAGGUCCUAAAACUAAGUGCAAGACCCUUUGAUGACAGGGUCUUUGCUCAUGUUGGCCCCGGGCUCACAUUGUGAAACACUCCUCCUGCAGCUAUGAAAAGUAUUUAGAAUGUUUAAGGUUUUAUGGGUAGGGUAUGAAGAAUUUUAUAAUUCUUGUAGUAUUUGGCCAAUGAAUCAUUUCAUGCUAUAAUUUUGUUGUCAAGUGAUUGCGUCGUUUUAUGACACCAAUGAUUUAUAACGAUAAGGCAAAAUUUAUACCCAUUACUUAAAGUUGAAUUGUUCCCACUUGGAAAAGGAAUGGAUUUAUACACUGAAUUUGUUAUAACAGUGGAUAUCAUGACUAAUAUUUCUCUGUGUUUUGGUUUUUAGAUCGGCCAGUGGUGGAGUUGAAAUUUCAAGGCAGCUCUGAUGAUUCUAUCUCCUUGACUUGGUCACUGUUAUCAGAUGAGAAAAGCAAUGUCUUUUUACAGCACUAUAUUUUGCAGUACCGGACAACGCACAGUAACAGCUGGAUUAAAACAGUUCCUCGCAUUCCUCCCCAAACAACUAGCUACCAUCUAAAGGGUUUGAAACCAUAUACUGAAUAUGAGGUACGGCUGUAUGCAAGGAAUCAACACUUCACAAGUGAUCCAUCCACUGUUGUAGCAAAGACUACUGAAGCAAGUAAGAUAUCCUAGGGUAUUGUUUAGCGUAGGAGAUCCCAAGGGAAAGGGUGGGAUUAUGAUGCAUAUCCCUAGGAAUGGGUGGAUAGAGAUGUAUUAUUAUCACUACAUGUGGUCAAAUGACAAACUGCCCUCUCUAAAACGCUCCUCUUCACUGGCCAAACGGCAAAGUCCGAGCGGUAAAUGGAAUUUGCUGCCCGCAACAUGAUUUCAUGUUAACGAUCUUUCCUUAUAAAAUAAAUUUGUACGAUUUGGCCUUGUGAAAUGAUAACAAUAACAAUCACAUGACUUUUGUUGGCAAAAGAAUGUCAAAAGGUGAGGAAAUCUCAAGAAGCCGUGGAGGCUUAAAUAGGUGAGACUUCCUCUUUAAAUUAAAUUUAGUUGUUACUAUAGUUAUUCAUUAAAUAUAUACUCAUACAAAUAAUCUGACCCUCCACAGGAUUUUGACGCCAAAGGUGAAAGCAUGCUCAUGACAUGCUUCGAAUUCCACUUUAAAGCAAAUUAAAUUUGUCUCUCUCCCUUAAGUGGCGUGAAUGGGGUAUGGUGAUUAGCACACUGCACACUGAGCUUCAGAUAAGACAGACAUUUGUUUGGACUCUUUUCUCUUAAGUAAUGUGUAUGUGCAUCCCAUCAAAGGGAAGCUCAGGACAUUAUGUUCCGUUCAGAUCCUUGAAUGAAUGAAUGAAUGAAUGAAUGAAGCUUUAUUUAAUCUCGGGCUUGAUGAGGUUGGUUAGACCUCUAGCAAAAAUAUGCUAAGAAGCCAAGGGGAAAAAAAAAGCAAACAAAACAAAACAAAUAAAUAAAAUAAUAGAGAAAGAAAGGGAAUUAAUCCAAAAACUUAUUUACAGUAUAAAGCCCCUGACAUAGCUAUUUACAAUAAAAAGCCCAAUUACUUAAUAGAACAUAGAUAUUAUAUAGAAUUAGCUAAAACCUUAACUGUCAGACUGCUUUUUUAAAGUCUGAGAAUGUGCUUGGGAUCUUAAGGUAUCAGAAAUCUUGUUCCAAGUAAUAGCCGCAAAGUAUCAUUUGCUCAAUGGAGCCUGUUGUAUGGGAGUCCUGGGCCUAAUUGGUGAUUAUAUGUUCUACACUUUAUACCAAUGAUUUAUUGUCCAGUUGUUGCCAUUUUUUCAACAGCACCAAGUCCUCCGCAAAAUGUUCAGGUGUACCCAAUUAACGGCACAGCCAUACAUGUAAAGUGGGAUCCGCCACAGUACCCUAAUGGACCACUGGAAUUAUACAAUGUGUUGUAUUCUGAGUCAGACAGCUACCUUGGCGAUGAUUUAAUGAUGAUGAUUGUGACAGUUAUGCCCAAUGUUACGGAAGCUUUCAUUGGUGGGCUGACCCCAUUUACAAACUACACCAUCAAAGUCAAAGUAAAAAACACUGUUGCAUUUGGAAGCAGUAAGCCACUUUAUAUUCUAACAGAGACAGCAGGUAAAUCUGACCUUUAAAUGAUUACCUGAUUACAGGAAAUUAAUGCAUCAUGACAAUUUCUUUGCUUGAUGCUUUUUGUACAUUUUGGGAAAGUACAACAAACAAAGUUUGUAUUUUGCAAUAAUUUUCUUCAUUUUGAAAUUGUUACCUUCUCUUUCGCAAUAAUUAUUUCCUUCAUUCGAAUGCUGUUUUCCACUAAAUUCGCAUUAAUUUAAGUUGUGUUGAUUUCCAAUACCUUAAUUUCAUGGAGCAUUAAUUUCCUAUAAUAAGUCAUGGUAAACAGGACUGAGUGGAGUCCAAUUUGGUCUGUAAUCAUGCGAGUGAUUAACAAAAUCACGGGAGUGCGAUCUGUUUAAUCUCGAGUAUGAUUACAGACUAAAUUGGUCAACAUGAAGUUCUGUUACCAUUUAAUCAUAACUUUAACAGAAUUUAUGAUAUAAGGCUCUUUUUUAAAUCAAAAUGCAAGAAAUUCCAAGAUUUUUUUUUUUUGCUAGCAGAGAAAAAAAGCCAUUUAAAUGCAUACAUGAUGGUGCGUACUGUCCAAUUACUUAGGCAUUUAUGACAUGUACUGUCCCAUUAAACUGUUCUAUUAAGGCUGAAAUCAAGGCAGUUGAUAGCCAAUCAGAUUUGAGAAUUUUGUCCUUGUUAUGAUUAGGAAAGAAAUGUAAUUACGAACUGAUCAAUUGAUCGACACCCAACAUGAUGAACAAAAAAGAGAAAUCUUCUUACUGUCCUUGAGAAGGUUAAAAGGCAUUGUGGCUUUUUUGUGACCUACUCAAGUGCUCUGUUGAAGAGUUUUACAAGCUUAUAUUCUAGCUAAGGUGAAAUACGCUGCUAUGUUUGUGACCCAGCCUGCGAUGGCUUAGAAAAAAAAAACGGAUGUCCAAAACAGAUGACAGGUACAUACUAACUUGCCAAGGCCCUACGCAACUCUGUGGUGUUGACAGGUAUGAUAUUAAUAGUUAUUUUCAUCUACAAUCUUUUUCAGCUCCUAGUAAACCACUUGAUAAUGAGGCAAACAGUACUGGUCCUCACAGUGUGCGACUAAAGUGGAAGAAACCAAAGGACCUUAAUGGUGUAGUGGUACUCUUUAAAAUCAGGAUGCUUUGGAGAUUCAAGAAUGUAAAGGGAGAGUAUAAAAGAACUGAACUUACAGUUCCUGCCAAAGUGACUAGAAGGGCAAGAAAACGGAGAUCUGCCAAUGGAAGACCUGACUAUACAGUCUUGCAGCUGGAACCUGAGAGAGAAAUUGAGCUUCGAAAUAUACAGCCAUUUGCUAUUAUUUCAAUAAGGGUGGCUGAAGGAACCAGGGAUGCUCAAAAUAACGUUUUGUGGGGUCCAUUUUCAAACAAUCAAACUGUUGAGACUGAAGAAGGAGGUGAGAUCUGGCUUUAAGUACUGACCCUCCUAAAUUUAUGGUCAAGAUGCCAUUACAUGAAGGCACAGUAAUGCUGUGCACAGUUGAGUGUGUAUAAAAUGCAAGCCAGCGAGUCAUGCGAGCCAUGCAGUCCAUUCAAGAAUCAUUGAAAAAACACCAUAAAAACCAAAAACAGUAAUACGAAAAACAUUAACUGAAUUCUAACCGUUGUAAAUAAGUGUCUAACUCUAAACAGUGCUUAACCCUAGUGCUAAAAUGAGUGCUUAACCCUAAUCCGUAAAAUGAAAGGUUAACCCUAAUCAGUACAAUGAGUGCUUAAACCUAAUUAUUAUAAUGAGUGCUCAACUCCUCAUCUGUAAAUUUGCAGCUUUUACUUGUGUUUCCUUUUUCUUUACCGAUGCCUCGCCCCUGCACAGUUCUUACCAUCCGAUAAAAUCAUUUGCUGUUGUCAUUCAAAGAAACCUCUUUAUAAACCAGACUUUCCUGUUAGACAUUCUGUACAAAUAAAGUGGUUUCAAUUAUUUUUGUGUCUGUGGAUUAUAUGGAAUCCUUGGAUGUUGCCAACCUUUUAAAUGAGGGCUCGGUCUGUGGGGUGAUUAUUAUAUUGUACAAUCACAACCAUUUGUUAGUUGAUGGUAAUGACCAAGAAAAGAAAGGACAAAAAGACAUCUCAUAGCUAUAUAGGAACAGCUCCCAGGAGUGAAAGGCAAAAGCAUAUGAUUCAUUGACAUACUUUAAAUCUCUGCCAGUUUCUCUUGUCUUUAUUGACUUAUUUCUGAUUGGAUGUUACCUUUCCAGCUCCCAGUGCACCACGUAAUGUUGCAGUCACCGACAAAAAGCCAACAUCUGUAAAAGUCACCUGGCUGCCACCUGAAUUCCCCAAUGGAAUCAUUACAAAAUACAGGUUCCUGUACUCCAACAAUACUGGAAAAAACUAUACAGUAGAGGUUGCUAAAGGAUUAAAGAAUGCAUCCUUAUUUUAUGUUAUCACUGGACUCAAGAAGGAUACAGACUAUUUAAUAUAUGUGAGUGUUUUAAUUUGACAGUUAAAUCAGUAAGAUGUAUAUUAAUUAUUAUAGUAUUGCUCUCUGUCGUGAUGUCAUGUUUCACCCCCUGAUGACAUGGAUAUGGUUUUCCAUAUGUUUGCUUUAACAUCUGGCUGACAGGUUUUUAGACCAGUCUCAUUCCUCAGUUCAGAAAUUCAUAUAUUCAUCAGUUCAUAAGAUCUGUGUGUUACAUAAUUAUAUUAAAUCAUAACUAAGGACAAAGGAGUCCCAGUCACCAUCUAAAAUGUGUCAAGACCUAGAGGGAUAUUGCUAAAACAGAGAGUCAUAUGCCAUAAAAGAAAUUAAGGAAUGAUACCAAUAGCAGUCAAAUUAUAUAUUUUUAAGCUGUCUAGUUAACCUGCAAUAACCUUGAGGCUUGAAUACUGCCUAGUUGGAAAAUGAAGCUUGCUGAUCUUGUCUAUCGUACAUUGCUGUACUUUGCUCACCAUGUCUCUGCCAGGUUCAAGCAUUCACCAGCAAUUAUCCUGGAAAGGUCAGUUCUCCAGUGUCAAGGAUUGAGACUACAAAAACACCAGGUAAAAAAUCAAUCAAUCAUUCAAAUAAACAAAUAAAUAGAUUGAGGGCCACUCAUUAAGAUCCUGAAAUAACCAGUUGCUUGAUGAGUCCAUGGCCAAUCUGAAAAUGUAUGGCAAUAGGGCAUACUCUGCAGCAGGACAAAAACAAUGGAACAAACUACCAUUGGAUAUUAGGCAAUCAUCACUGGUAACUGUAUUUGAAACUAAGCUCAAGACUUAUCUUUUUAAGGAUGGCCGUUCGAUUUGAAAUUUUUAAAAACUUUUAUCCUUUGUCUGAAGUAUGGUACUUGAUUUAUUGUUUAGAUAAUUUAUGUAGUUUUAUUAGUUGUAUUAUUGUAAAGUGCCAUGGACAAUAAGUGGAGUAUGGCACUCUAUAUAUAGAUGCAUUUAAUUUUAAUUUUGAUACCAUUUAAUGCAUAAUAAUUAAAUGUAUUAUACUACUACAUGAGAAAUUACUGCAAUUUGAUUGGCUUAGAGCAGUGGUAUUUCAGCUUAAUUUGAAAUACCUACAUUUGAAAAUUACAAACCUUUUGUGGGUAGCAGUAUAAACAAAUAAUAGCAUGAUUUGUACGUGAUAUUUGGCAUAAAUACCACUCGUGAUAUUUCAAAAUUGUCUCAAAUUUCACUCGCCUAACGGCUCGUGAAAUUACGUAUAAAAAUUUUGAAAUAUCACUCGUGGUAUUUAUGCCAAAUAUCACUACAAAUCAUGCUAUUACCUAUACUAAUUACACCGUUCGAAAUAAUUUCUGGAGAGUCUCCGGACGCCAGCUAGAUUCAUUUUAGUCUGGUCACAUAUCGGUUCUGGCUGGUCAAAUUUAUAAGAUAAAUAACUCUUAAAACAGGGGUUAUGUAAUUCCAAAAAAGUCGUUGCUUAGAGCUUAUAGCACGUAUUGUCAACAAUAAAAAUACAUUACAGGCGCGAAGCGAAUUGUAAACAAUGGUCCUAGUUGCAUUUCACCUGGGAUUUCAGAUCAAAAUUCUGCAAUACACAGCGACUUGCUUCUCACUGAUAACAACUGAAAAAACUGAACAGCUUUUUUUUCAAUACAAUCAAAUGAGACCGGUCAGCAUGACCAGCAAGACAAAAGGUUGACCGGUCAACUCCCCAAUCAAUCUGGACAUUGUCCAUCGACCAGCCGUUAUUUCGAGCCCUGCAUCAUAAUUGACCCUUGUUUAAUGGAUUAUAAUAUUAUCAUUUUGGCUUUGUUUUAGCGGAUGUAGCAGGACGUAGCAGUGUUGAUAAUAGCUCUCUUUAUGGCGGAGUCUUUGCUGGGAUAAUUGUUUUGGCAUUUGUGAUUAUCAUUGUUGUGUUAGUGAUAAGGUAGGUAUAUAGUAAUUUACACAUAAUAAUUACUUGUGCAAUGCAAGAGGAAACAGUGUAGUGAGAAAAAUGAUAUAUAAAACUGGCCUUAAAGAAUGUUUCUGUUUUACUGAUCUUUUGAUUGUUUGUGUGAUUCUGCUCUUCUUCUGGUGUCUAUGUGCAGGGUGUGAGUCUUUAAAUUUCUGACCCUGAUAAAUAUCUAGUUUCUCCCUCCCUGAUCGUCUUGACCUAACAUAAAGGCCACCACCAACCAAAUGUUUUGAUUUUUAAACAGAUUUUUUAAUCCGCGUCAUAUAACUGUUUUAUAGUAAAUAAAAAGAACAAUUUUUUAGAACGUACAGAGUAUUCAAAGGCAACAGUUUACGAAGAUUUGUGGCUCCUUCAAAUAUCCAAAUGCAGUAACUUUUCAUUGGGAGGAUAUGCUUAAAGUGCACACAAUAUUCUACAAUAUUAUUAUUAUUUUCAGCUUCAUUAAAUUCUGUGCAUUUUCUACCUUAAGGUUCAAAGGGUUAUGUAGAUAUGAAUCCAUUUUCGUGAUAGAGAGUGUCAUUAAUGUAUAUGCAGAUUUGAAUUUUUAUGUAACGUAAUGCUACUUAAAUAAGUAGGUGUGGUCACAGUGAGACAUUAAUCUUGCAUGGUCUGAGGAUUAAAUACAUGUCAAAACUGAAAUAUCUCAUACCUUUUUGACAGAAAACACAGAAGACGGCAUGAUUCUACAGAACUUGACGGCAAGCGAUAUGCUGUUGCCAAUUCUAAUGAUAGUGGUAUUGGAGACAAAGAGUCACUGGACCGCGUCCCUGGAGUUAAAUAUUUACAAGGUGUACGACGGGGAUCUGAAGGUUCGGAGUCAUGGGUUUAGUUAGUAUGGACUGAGCACCUUAGUAUCUUGGUUUUAAAAAUUUUGCACCACACAGCCGUCCUCAUGGUUGUCUAAAUUUUUAGUCUUAGCCUUAAACGAAAAACCAUCACCACAGCUACAAAUAAAUUUAAAGAGCACUGUAAGAUGAAGAAAUCCACUAAUCUGGGGCCUCUUCUAAAAUAAUCAAUGACCUACUGGUCUGCUUCCAAACAAGAUUUUUUCACCUAAAUUACGAGAAUUCAUUAUUCAAAGGCACUCUUUUUCAGUAUUUUUUUCUGUUCGAUCUCCAGUUAAAAAUUUUGAAAUGCCAUGGGGUGGCGUAAUGAUAAACUAAUAACUAUGUGUUAUUUUUAUGGUGUGUGGAAGUCAGUUAAAAAAACUUAAACUUAAAAUUCAAGGCUUGAACUGGUAUCCAAGAUUAGCCAUUUAUUAAAUAAACCACUGGAACCUAGGAAAAAUUCAAGUGGUGUGUUAAAAAUAUUGAAGAAACUUAUAUAAAUGUAAAAAAAUAUAAUGUGCAAACAAAAAAAUUCAAAUUAUUUUAUAGUUUUUAAUAUUUAUUAAUAUUUAAAGUCUGAGAAAGACAAAAAUUCCAAAGAAAUUAGACUAUUGUGCAUGCAUUUAUGCUGCUUUUCUGUGUACAUAAAUAAUAUUAUAUUUAAACUGCUUGAAUGAAUAAGCAGCUAUGCUCAGGCUAUGACACCAGUAAGUUUAGUCCUUUGUGCAAACCAUUUACUGAGUCAGCGGUGAAUGAAGAAUUAGUAAAAUGAGCCAUCAGCUGCAGUAGUUAUAGUGAAACUAGAAAAGCUGUGAAUUUAGCUGUGACCCAGUAAUUAACGUGCAAGACAUUUUAAUGCAACAAAAUGCAAAGUUCUAAAAAAAGAAUAAAUAAACGUUGAUGGUGAAACUUCCUAGCCUGGGGGGUAUGGAGGUGGGAAGGGAAACACAAGAUUUUUCCUUCUCUUCUUCCCUCCUUUCACCUCCCCCCCCCCCCCCUCAUACUCCCAAACGAGCUAGCUCACAGCUUACUUGUGGUGCAGCUGCACAGCAAAAUUUCCAAGUUAAAUAAAGUUGCACAAAACGUUGCAUAGCUAGCACAAAAGCACCUUAACUGAAGUGAGUUUAAUCACCAAAGCACCAGAAACGUUCUAGAUAUGAAUAAUCUUUGUAUUCACAGUUUCUCCGGGAUUAUUGUUAACACAAUGUAGUAUAUGUAGAGUUCUUUAGGAUUUUCUAACAAAAGGUGACCUAAAUUUAAUUGUUUUGGCUCUUUAGACCUUUUAAAAUUACUCAUUUAAGGCAUUAUACUGAACAAUAAUAAUAAUGCGUUGUUGGGCUUGCAAACUAGCUACUAGUAUUGGAACGAAAUUGAAGUAAACAAAUCAAUAUUAUCUUGAGCUUCUUGCCAACUGUUGCAAAUCACAUUUUCUAUGGAAACAAACUGCAAAAAAUAUUUGCAGUGAUAACAAAUUAAAUUAUAAUAAAAUCAUUCUAGACAAUUUUUGGUGUAGUAGUUAAAGAGCACCAUAUUAAUGUCGAAUAGACGAUAAAAGACUGAUCAAUAAUAUUUUAAGUACAAAGUUUUAAAAUUGUAUUGUUACAUAACAUUUUUUAGUUGAUUUUCAUUCCCAUUAUUACUAUUUUUAUGGAUCAAUAUGGUGUUUAUUUACCUUAUUUAUGUCUUUUCAAAAUUACUGUUUUGUUUUCUACUUUUUUGAUAACUAUUAAUUGGUGGCUUGGAAAUUGUAAUUUUCAAGUUGUUGAGAUAUUUGGUAUUUUUUUGGUUUUGAAGUAACAAAAAUGUUCAGUUCUAUCAUUGUAUUUACAUAUAUUUACAUAAACUCUGAACAAACUUUAAAAUUUUGGCUUGGGUUUGCCACUCAAUCUGUACGGGAAAACACUGACUAAUUUUGAAUUAUCGUUUUCCUUUAAAAUUAUUUUAUUGUCAUUCAUUUUUUCUUGUUUGCUUCAUCACAAACUAUUCUUGAUGUUUUUUACAAUUUUUUAUUUGUCUUGUUUCCUCAACUCCUGUAGGGUUUAAGUUUCCUUCGGUUUAUUUAUUUUUUUUUUUUGCGCUUGUUUAUUUAUUUUUUGGUCGUUGUUUUCAAUAUGCAAUUAAAGUUAUUUUUCUUGAUCUAGAAGUCUACUUUUUUAGGUUUUCGCUUUGCAGAAAAAUGAAAUUUUUUUCUAGUUUUGUAAGGAAUCUAACAUUAAGUUGUUAUUUUGUAUUUAACUCAAAUACUCAACGUCCAUUAACCUUGAAGCUGUAAAUAUGAAUAAUAUUCUUUGUGAGUAUUUCCAGAAGUAAUUUAUGGUUGUGAAUAAAAAAUAAACCUGAGAUUUAUAUGAUAUGAAACGUGGGGUGAGAUGCCUGAAUUAAUGAUUAAAUCGAAAUAAACUUGCAGUUUUUCACCUCCAUUGGUCAAAAUUUUAAUAAGUGUUAAAAAAAUAAAAACAAUUUGACUUGUGUUUGAAAACUUUCGUGAAUGCUGACCAGGGUGUCUUCAUUUGGAGUGCUUCAGCUGGCUUCCACGAGUUGCUGCAAUUUGUUUUGUUAAAUAUAGAAUGAGUUUUAUUAUACGAGAUUUUCUAAGGUGAAUCGCUUUCUGUAAAUGAAAUUUCCAAAAGCUGACGUGUUGAGCGAUAGCCCUUGGUCAAAAGUUUUCAAAUACAAGGCAAAUUACUUCACAACAGCACCAUGAAUCAAGUGUUUGUUUAUAUGUGCGAUAUUUUUAAGCGCACAUCUUUUAAGUUGGCACCGCUAGGAAAUAAAUAUUAAUAACUUCCCAGAUCUAACGUUUAAGAUUUAAAUAAACCUUUUAGCACGAUAUUGUCAACAAACACGCUGUGCUUUGGAGUAUAAACUGCCAAGAACUUAUGAAGACGGGAAACCCAUUACAAUGAGCUCUGCAGGUGAUUGCAUGGCAAACGACUUAUAGUAAUGGACAGUUAAUGAGUAAGCUGACAUUAGCCAGGUCGUAGUUUGUGGGAAAUGACAAAAGUAUCGGUUAAACAAAACUCUUGUAAACAGCUAAUUCUUAAUAAACCUAGGUAAGUCCUAAGAUUUUCCGUAACAAAAAAAGUCAACACCCUUGAAAACAGCUGAAUUUCUCGAUAAUGUGCUCCCAACUAAGGUUAAUUCCAACUUUUUUAGCGUAUAAGUUUAAAUUAAAACUUCGAACGUGAAUGCUGUAAUGGAGUAAAACUUCUUGAUUAAUUCUCAAAUUUUCUUAAUAUGUCAUACCAUAACAACUCGUUACUCGAAAAUGUUAAUGUUCUUACCUGAUAUCAUGGAAGCGAAAAUGGCGGCAUCUGAGCAAGAUGACGAUGUUUUGCCGUGACGUCAGAGUGUUGAUGUAAUGAAAUUCCUUGAUGCUUUUUUUCCCAGUACCGAGUACCACGUUAUGCUUAACCUGAGAUCGGGCCCAAUUUUAGCAGCUUCCAUAAAAAAUAGAGUCUGAUUUCAGGUUACAUUAUGCUCUAAAAUGACACAGUGCUGUGGUAUAGUUUUGUCUGUGGCUCAAAUUUUAAUUUUCUGUAGGUUUCAACACGAUUGUCACACAUCACCUUCACCCCUCCCUCAAAGUGAAAAGGAAAAUAGAAUUUGAACCAAGGAUAAAAUUUAAGCACAACAAAUGUGUAUUUGACGGAUUUAGUGAUCUAAACCUUACAGUUUAAUUCCGAUAAAAUUGGACCUGUCAAAUUUUUAGAAACUUCCAGGGGAAGGGUGGCUAGACUCUACGCUGUAAUUCUUACUUUUAUAAGUAUGUUGAGCAUGCUAAACUCUGGUUAUUGACCCGACUGGUCAAUUAAGUCGCGAUGUUAUAACAUCACGACUUAACAGCUGACCAAUAAUAUCGCGACUUAAUUGACCAAAUAACCAGAGUUUAAUACCAUCAACUGACAUGAUACAACUCACAUUGACUCUGAAGAUGACUACCGCACAGGUUGUCGAAACGCCAGUCACUGUCAACAACUCCUGGAUUCAAACCUUUCACAAUUCUUAAUUUUGUUGUAUUUCUAUCGUGCUGAUUCAGGUCCCUGUAUGUAUUCGUAAAUGUGUGAUGUUUUUUUUUUUUACCUUGGGAUGCCUGUGAUUAACUCUGGGUAGAUUACGUAGUAAAGUAAAAUCCCUUGUGGGCUUCAUGCAUUUUUAAGAGGGAAGUGCAAAGACUUACCUUCAUGACUGAUUCUUCCUUUUUAGAUGUGGUUGGUCCAGGCAAGUUUGUAACCAGUAAACCAAUUCCCACAGAGAAGCUUCGGGAAUAUUGUGAAAUAAACCACGCAGAUAACAACAAGUCUUUUAAAGAGGAGUUUGUGGUGAGUAAAGUUUGGAAUCUUCAUACAUGAAAACGGUCCAACAACCAACUAACUAAUAUCUCAGUCGGAUGAAUCGUCGUUCAACGUGUAGCAGACUCAGUUUGGUCAUGUACUUAACAGAUUUUUCCAGUAGAAAAGCUAUUAACGUUUUAAAUCACUGGAUUCAGAAAUUCUGCAUGGAAUUGAACGGCAUAUGUUUGACAGGACAGUUAUCACGUGUUGUUUGUAGGUGUGUUGGUGCCGUUCAUGCACGUGCAUAUGAACAUGCUCGUGCAUGAACUGCACGUGUGCUGCAUGUGAGAUGCUUAGCUCAGAUCUCCUUCUCCUUAAAAACCUUCUUUCAAAACAGUCCGACUCUGAUGUAGCUUUAAAAAUGCUUACUUCCGUUGUCUCAUGGGGUCACUUGUCUUUUCACAUUUUAGUCCAUCAGGGUUCCUGGACAUUUUACAUGGGAAAACAGUCAGAAACCAGAGAACAAACCCAAAAACAGAUACAAGAAUAUCAUUCCAUGUAAGUAAAGUUGUUUCAUUUGUACGAUAAAAGAUCUUGGUUGUUCUUUUAGAAUUGCAUGUGUAUUUAUUUUGCCAGCGUUUUUUUUAACCCGACGUAACGGCGUCAUUUUUAAGACUGUCUGUUGAUUUCACGUCUCUACAGAUGACCAUACCCGGGUGACUUUAGCUGAAUUAGAUGGCUGCCCAGGGAGUGAUUAUAUCAACGCAAACUUUAUUGAUGUAAGUGCGCCGUCAUAAAUAAGACGUGCAUAAUCAAUGAUUAUUUUUGUACGCUGUGGUAAUACCGCUGCCUUAAUUUUAAUAAUAGGAGGUGAAGCCUUAUUUUGAAUGUAGUUUGAUAUUUUUGACAGGGCUACAAUCACCAUUGCAAGUUCAUUGCCACGCAAGGUAAAGAAGUUGUGUUUUUAUUAUUUAACUUUAUUUUCCCUUUAUUAAUUUUUUCCAGAGAUAAACGGGAAAGUACGACUAUCUUUUUUUCACCUCUAGAGUUGUAAAGUGUAAUGACUUCAUUUUGUUCUGAUUUUUGUUUCAGGUCCUGUGGAAAACACAUUUGGAGACUUUUGGCGCACGGUCUGGGAUCAAGGUGUUUGUGUCGUUGUCAUGGUUACAAACAUCGUCGAAGGAGGACGGGUAUGUUGGCCCUUUAUUGACCAAUAUCACUUCAAUGCGGGGAACGCGUUUCAGUGUUUAUUAAUGACUACUUUUUUAAACAUUGAAGAUAGGUGGAAGUAAGGAAUGAAAUAAGAGAAACUAUUUUGGCUAUAUGGUAAUUCUUUUAUAUCUAGUACUACUAGGACGUCACGAGAAUUAAAAUGCAUGAUUAAGGCUUCUUUGCUUGUGUAGAUUAAAUGUUUGAAGUACUGGCCGAGUUCCUCCCCAGAAAUGUACGGCCCAGUGUUGGUAUCACCCGGUGGCGUGGAAGAAUUGGCAGAUUACGUUGUCAGAAAGUUCUCUGUGCAGAUGGUAAGAGAUUUAAACGUAUUCAGUUAUUUAGUUACUUGUUACUUGUUGAUACAUUUGUUGUCAAACGAACAAAACCAAUAUUUUUUUAGAGGAUUUUUUUCAAAACACUUUCGUUAUGAUUUAGGUGAUUUUUCACACGUCAUUUUGAAACAGCUUCUCUUUUAUAAACUUCCCCGGAUGUUUAUUUGGUCAGUGAUUCAUUUCACGUCACACGUCCCAUGAUGAACUGUUGUAUAACUUAUCUUACGUGAUUACCAUAUUAUAAGAUUGUGUGUGUGGUGCAAGUUGAUUGACGUUGUGUUUUUUGCGUUGGGUGAUUUGUGUUGCAUGACUACCAAACGUAUCACCUUCUCUAAGCAGCUCAUUUCCUCUUUCUUUAGACAUCAGACACGGCGGAGUAUCGCGCUCGUGAAGUAACUCAGUAUCACUUCACAGCUUGGCCGGAUCAGGGGGUUCCUACACACGCUACCUCCCUGCUAGCUUUUCUAAGGAAGGUCCGCUCUUCCAUACCAGAGGAUUCAGGCCCCAUUUUGAUCCAUUGCAGGUAAUCUUACAUAACAUAUCUUUUCGAUUCUUUUUGAUGGUGCGCGAUGAACUCAUUAGCUUUCAAACCAAAAGGGUUAAACAAACUAAUUGUUGCCUCAAAGGUUUCAAAUGAUUGGACUGGACCUACUGCCAUAGAGGUUAGAAGAUCAACUUCCCAACGGCUGUUUGUUAUUUUCUACAUAGAUUUUUUUUUUUUCUAGAUAAUUGUCUCCUUACUUUCCGUAGUACUAUUUUUUUGAAGCUGUAUUUUAACAGUAAAUGUUUCUCCUUUUUCACCAGUGCUGGCGUGGGCCGCACCGGCACGUUCAUUGUCUUGGACGCCAUGAUGGACCAAAUAGAUGCAGAGGGGGUGGUAGACAUUUAUGGAUUUGUCGCUCACAUCCGUCAACAGAGAAGUGCUAUGGUGCAAACAGAGGUAAUGUGGGACUUUCUUUUUUUUGGUGACAGUUAUCGUGACAUGUUAGCGUGACCAAGCGUGACAUUUUUUUAAACAGGCACAGUACAUAUUUAUCCAUGACGCUCUGAUGGAGUUCGUGACAUGCGGUAACACCGAAUUUGCCGUUCGUGAACUACCAGAGAAGUUACGCGUGUUAAAUACUGUUGAUCCCGACAGUGGAGACUCACUUCUGGUCACCGAGUUUAAGGUACGUGAAGCAGUGUGAACGCGGUGGCAUGCUUGCGAGGUGAACAUUCACGGUUUGAAUGUACGCGGUUACUUGCAAAGGUUAUGGGUUUGUGGCUGGACUUUUCAUACGCUUUUACUCGAGAAUAAAGUGGUAAAAGGGAAAAGCGUUUCCUGAUUGUUAGUCUUAUAUUCAUGUAUUUUAUCAGCGUUACUUCUCGAUACAUCAGACCAUACUUAAAGUUAGUUGUCGCACAGGAAUCCCAUUCUGCGGGUAGAAGACCAUACUCUUUGGUUUGCUUAUGACAGUGUUAAGUUGUUUUUAGAAAUGACUGAAUUUACUUAAAAGUUUCCUACAUCUAACAAUGGUGUGUCAAUCUUGCUUCAUAGAAUCUUUGUCUGGGCGACUCUGAUUACGACUCUUUUAUCAGCGCAUCACAGCCGGAAAACAAAUCGAAAAACAGAUACGCAAUCCUGCCAUGUAAGUGUUUGAUUCUUGCGUCUGUCUGUCUCUUAUUGUUUGUCUCCAAGUCACUGUUUCUAGCCAGUAGGUUAGAAGGCACUAGGAAGACAUGACCCUCAUUAGAACCUGCUCUAUCUCCAGCGCCGGAGCAAGGUAUCCUGCAGAAAAGGCGCUAAUUUUUCGCGUUUUUCGGCCUCCCCUGUCGCGCAUGUCUCACGCUUCUUGUCUGCCUCGUGCCCCCGCGUCUGCAAGCUACGAUCGAGGAUGAAAACUGAUCCUCAAAAGAACGACUGGGUAACGGACUAACCGUUGGCAUGUAUGUGCGGUGUAAAACGCACCAAUGACAUCGGAGAGACCUUUGAAGUAAUUUCGUCUUUUCAUCGUAAGGUUCUGAUACUACUUCGGUUGUCGGAGCCAAAGACCUGUUAUUUCAAAGUCUCAGUAGUAAAGGGCGUUGGUCAUUUUAAUCGUUUAUUUAGCGGAGCAGUAUCCUAUUCAGUUUUCAGUGAUGGUCGAUUUUAUAUCUGAGUGUAGUCUUCAACAGGACUGUAAAUUACAAACUGCAGCACGUGCUGUGGAAGUGUCAGUUUCUGUUCCUUUCAGUGCUGUUCAGCGCUUAUCUCACACGGAUGGCCAUGUUUGAACACUGACGAUUCCACAGAAAAAUUAAUAUGGUUUUUUUAUUCCGUCGCUUACCGAUUGUUAAGCAACAAAUUAUUGUUAUUUUUUUGUCUGUUUAGUUGACAGAUCAAGAGUGACUUUGUGGCCUUACACAGGAUUGGUUGGAUCUGAUUACAUCAACGCUAGCUUUGUUGACGUAAGCAGCCAUAUUUAAUAUUGCCGCCAUUAUAUUUACCCACUCUGAUUGUUUCGCUACUUUCAGUUAGUUUCCUCUAUAAUACUUGAAUAAACUCAAACUUUCUAUCCAUGGCAAUCUCUUCUCCCACUGUUACUCAUUUGUUGAUACAGCACCCAAGGCUCUCCAUGAUAAUCUGGUUGGUGCCUGCUGCUCUUUCAACAAAACACUCAUUUCUAAGAGCAACUGAAAAUAGUUUGACUUGCUAACAAUGUUGAGACCUAACAACUGAGAAAUUCACAACUUACCUUCAAAUCUCAUCACUUUAAGAUGUUUACUUGGUUCUGUCGUUGUGGUUUGUUUAAGUGUAACCUGCGAUCAGGCGGUCCUUCUUCCCUUUUGUUUUGGAGACGAAAAAAAACCGCCUGAUCGCAGGUUAGUCUAGGUGCCUAUCGCUACUACAAUUUGCCGAGGAAAAGUAUAGUUUUUGCUUUACUCAUUGCAGAGCUUUCAGCAGCGCGAAGCAUUCAUCGCUACCCAGGCCCCGCUAGAUAACACGGUCGUGGAUUUCUGGAGGAUGAUUUGGGAGUAUGAGGCCUACUCCGUGGUGAUGCUGUGCACCAUGAAUGAAAUUGAACAGGUGUGAAAACUAAUAACGUGACUAGUUAGGGUGGUGAACAUUAAUAUUGCAGUAUUAGAUUUUUGUGUCUACGUUUGAAUUAAAAGUCUUUGAAACAAAGAUCUAGACUGCAAAAUUAGUUCGGAAGGUUAGCAGUUGAUUUUAAUGUUCAAAAUGGCUAGUUUCCCCUUUUGCUAAAUACCCCCCCAAUGUUGGGAUAACAAAACAAGUGCGCGCACAAAAAGUUUAAUUUUAUUUAACAUUGGGACAUGGGGCGGGAAAAAAAGUAAAAAGAGGUAAAAAGUAAGAGCCUGCCCAACACUUUUGACGAUGAUUGCAUCUGGUACGUCACAUUCAAUUUAGGAUUGUUCGAUGUUAUCAAUUGUGCGAAUCUUAAGAACCCGGUUUACUGAUAAAUUCCUCGCCUCUCUCUUUUCCUUCCCUUAGAAGAAAAGAACACGUCUGUUGACGCUAAACCUGAAGCAGUGAUACUUGGUUUUGUUGUUUAAGAACGCCCCGCCCUCCCUUCCUCCACUCACGCCCCCCCCAAAAUAAGGAUAGCUAAUUCUGGUGGUGAACAUGAAGUCUGGAUGAACAUUUGAAAGCGUCACGUUCUUAGGGGAAUAGAAAGUAAUUGUGAAAAAUUUUGUUUCCUUACAGGGGCAAUGUGCGUAUUAUUUGCCCCACAAAGAAGAAUUCAUUGUUUUUGGUUUGCUGAUGAUUGAAGUCGAGUCCGUAGACCAGAGAAACGGUUUCUGUAGGCGAAACCUCAAGAUAACUAACACAAAGGUAGGCCAAUCGUAGGUUCGUAGGUAUAUUGUUCUCGAACAUUUUGUUGUUGUCGACUUAGCUGGCGUUUCGAGUAUUAGCUUUGCUUUAGAUCUGUAAAAAAUUUGAGUAGUUUUUGUGACGUAUUCACCAGCCUUUAUGUAAGAUUUGUCCCUUGUUCAGCAGACAUCAUAUAAACAGGAGUCCUCAUAAAUACUUAAAUUACAUGUAUAAGAAUACUAAAUAAAAUGUCAGUGUAGUUAGUAGCAAAAUGAAAUCAUACAUGCUGUUAUAUACAAGAAAAUAACAAAUCCGGUUGUCGUUAGCGUCCCUUUGAACAGAGGAAACCAUUUGCACCGCUUUGCAGCAUUCGAGAGCUCAUUCUAAGAGUUUGCUCCUUGGUUCGCCAUGGCCUUUCUUCUAAACUCAGUUCUUACAGCCGGAAGUACAACAUUUUAUUUAAAUAACAAAUCUUUUUAUUUAACAGAGUGGUGAAAUUCGCAGUAUUUACCAUUUCCACUUCACUGACUGGGCGGAGCGUUCCGUUCCCCUCAACGGAGUUGGCCUUCUGGAUAUGAUGAAAUGCAUCACGCGCGUGCAACAACAGACAGGCAACGGACCAAUAGUCGUCCAUUGCAGGUGUGACGUUAUCGUUUGCUCUAAAGCGAGCUUGCAAAACGGGCGCGAAAUUUUGUACGCAAUUUUCAUAAUUUUGGGGAAAAAACAGACUUGAUGUUAUAUAUGUGGACUAUCUAUUGAAACGAUGUUUUUAGGCAAAGAAAGUCUUUUUCGCGUAUUCAUGAAAGAUAAAGCUGCCUUGUGACAAUGUCUUACUGGUAUGAAGCUACCCGUUUUACUUUUCACUUUUACACUGACGAGCGAAACCACAUAAGUCUUACGUCUGUACCAAAACGUCAUCCAGUCCUUUGACCUGAGUAACACCGACAUACUUUAGUGGGUCUCGGCUUUUAAUGUCUAUCUUUCUUUGAAUUCUCCUAGUGAUGGAAGCGGCCGUACAGGGACGUUUUGUGCAGUGAACAUCGCCCUGGAGCGAGUCAAGUUAGAUGGAACAAUAGAUAUGUUUCAGAAUGUACGGCGCCUGCGUACUCAAAGACCCCUUAUGGUCCAAACAGCGGUGAGGAGAAUUUGCGUUUUCUUGUUCAGUUUAUUAGUUGCUUCCAGUGUGUUUCACGCCGCACCUUGAAACAGAUUACCUUAAACCAUUCAUUGAAAAGUCCAACGUUUGACUCAUAUCUUUUUUUACGCUAAGCAUCAUAUGCUCAGCCUCUUCUGUCAAGUAAGUGUUGUGAAGUGGCAAGAAGAUUUUUUUUCUCAUCCCUUGUUUUUUUCAACAGGUACAGUACAAGUUCUGUUACGAAAUAACUCGCCUGUUUGUGGAUUCUUACAGCGAUUACGCAAACUUUAGGUGAUAGAAAAAAAGUUCAAGCAACUUCCACUUUACUAUUAAUGUAUGGAAUGUUCAAGUUCAAUUCAAGUUCAUUUCUACGAACUGAACUCAAACUUCACAAGCAACUGGUUGCUGAGUGAUAUGACGUCACGGCGAUGUAUUUAUAAUUCCACUUUCAAACCGAAGGUGGCGAGAGCGUGCUGUUUUUUUAUUAGAUAAAAAGAAUCGAACGUUCUUAGGAUGCUCUGUAUGAAGAGCUAACUCUACGAUGGUAUAGGUUUCAGGAAAGACGUACCUUGUGCAGAAGAUGAAAUCGGUAUAUUAUUUGUGUGAUCUAUUUUUGCACUCCCUGAUGAAGACGUUUAAUUAUGGGGAAACUACAGUUAUGGAGAUUUUACAGUUCAGCCCCAGACAUCUGACGUCACCGAAAUAUUGAAGAUGAAAAAGUCAAUUUGGAACAGGAGUCAAUUGUUCCUUUUCAUCGCCGAGGAAAUUAAGGACUUGUACACAUCAAGGAUACAGGAUACUUUGUUUCAAAAGAAACAAACAUGCGUAUAGCAAUUGUAGGCAAUAUUUGUAUAAAGGACAAACGAUUCUCGUAGAUUGCGAAUACUGUAAUUUUCGCCUUGUAAGAAGCAUGUUUAAAAUGCUUGAUAAUUGUAGAUAGUAUAUAUUUUUAGAGCACCUAAAGUGAAUUUGUUAGAAAUUCGUUUUCCGAACCUUGAGAUUGACUAUUUUUGUAUUAUAUCAGGAUCGGCGAUCGGGUGUUGGGCAGUAGAUAGCUGUGCAAUCUCGUCCCCAGAGCCCCCGCUACUUUUAUACAGCGGAUGGGGCAAUAAUAGUGAUCCCCGUCGUUGUACAAAAGGAUCGCGGCCUCUGGGAACGAGAUUGACAGUUGUGACACAAUCUUUUCAGCAAGAACGGCGGCCAUAGUCACAACAGCCCGCCUGAAUCUGGGAAAAUAAAUAAAGAACCAGCUCAUUCAGGGUAGGGUCACCAGUGUCUUUCAGCCGUAAAUGUUUGAUUAUCAUACAAAAUUUCUAUCGUUUUAGAGAAUUGGCAUGUUGGCUGCUCAUUUACCCAGCACUGAUCUUCAAAACGCAUUGUCAGUAGUCUACAUAUAAUCUUAGGAGACGUUUAGAAUCGUUUAGAGACGAAAUGUUGUCUUUGAAUGAAUUGAACCUCGAAUAUUGCCUUUAGAUAAUAUAAAUUACUUGAGAUU